AAGCUAGCUGGACUUGCAGAUGCGCUAGUUUGUAAGGGAUUGGAAUUUACCGCUUAAACAGAGUUUUAAUUGCAAAUAAUGGUCCACCGACGAGGGUUACUGUAAAAUGGAAACUGUUUUUGUGUGUUGUUGUCGAGCGUGAAGUGUGCAAUUAGACAAUUGAAUUUGUUUAAAUGUGACGGGAAAAAGCGCACUACACCAACGGCGAAGGCGAGCGAAUCGAUUUCCAAACAAUAAUAAACUACGAAACUUAAUUUAAAGUCGCCCGGAAAUCCGGAAAUCGGGAAUUUCGAGAAGUGGCCCCAUCCAAUACAUAUACAUAUAUAAGAGAAGAGCGUGCGAAAACAGAAACCCAAACAACGGAUAAGGAGAGACGAGUGGCGGGGUCAGGAAAAGCCAGUCAGCCAGCCAGCCAGCCAGCAGCGCUUUUUGUCAAAUACUUUUUGGCCACUUUUCCACGCCAGCUGGAAAGAGGCGGGCGAGGGCGGUGAAAUUGCGACUUUCGGCGGCCCAAAGAGCUCAGCUGCAGGAAUAAGCUGACGCGAAACCUUGAGACACCGACUCUUACUCACACCAGCGCAAGCACACGCACACUCUACCACACACACACAGGCGCAGGAGCAGCAGGAAGUGCAGACAACAUGAGUUCGCAAUACUCAAAUGUGGAGAACCUGUCACCGCAGACGAUACGGCAGGUGAUGCGGGAGCUGCAGGAGAUGGAGACCACGCCCCCGGAGGGCAUCAAGGUGCUGAUCAAUGAAAGCGACGUGACGGACAUUCAAGCGUUGAUCGACGGUCCUGCUGGCACCCCGUACGCCGCCGGCGUUUUCCGCGUCAAGUUGACGCUGAACAAGGACUUCCCACAGACGCCACCAAAGGCGUACUUUCUCACCAAAAUCUUUCACCCGAAUGUGGCUGCCAACGGAGAGAUCUGCGUGAAUACACUGAAGAAGGACUGGAAGCCGGACCUGGGCAUCAAGCACAUUCUGCUAACCAUCAAAUGCCUGCUGAUCGUCCCAAAUCCGGAAUCUGCGCUAAACGAGGAGGCCGGCAAGAUGCUGUUGGAACGGUACGACGACUACUCGCAGCGGGCACGCAUGAUGACCGAGAUUCAUGCCCAGCCCGCCAAAUGCGGUGCAGGCGCUGCUGGCGAUGCCAAAGACGACGAUGGACCCUCGACGAAGAAGCACGCGGGCUUAGACAAAAAGCUGCAGGACAAGAAAAAGGAAAAGUUGCUCAAGGAAAAGAAGCGAAUGCUGAAGAGAUUAUGAGAAUCAUAAGGCGGAGUUCUGUGGACUAGCUAAUCAACCAGGAGCAGUAAGCAGUAGCAGGAAAUGACGGAUUCGAAAGAAUGGAUAGAUGAUAAGGGAAAAAGUGGCAAAGUGCUAGUGCUAACCCAAGAAGCACUUGAAUGGCUGCAAUUAAAGAAGCAGGCGCGCUAUGAAAUUUUACACUGAUCUGAUACAAAAGGAAAAAAAUAAGCAACUGAGAAAUGGAAGUCGUCGAUGAAACCCGGUAAAGAAACUGCGUCAUUUAAAGGCUAACAUCGGUAUCGCAAGUUAAAGCUGCAAAAUAUCGGUAGAACGAGAGAGAGAUAGAACCACUCCAAAGAAAAGGGCAUCCAGUUACCACAUACGAUUAUUUAAACCACUUCUUUUGGUGACAGCACCUGUGAACCGAGCCUAGAACAUUAAAGAAAAAACAAACAAAAACUAACAAAAUCUACCAAGAGAUAUGGGAAAUGCAACCAUCUCCUUAGUAAUUUAUGUAGUUCUCUUUUCUUGAUGAUCACGAGCUAUCCUAGCAUAAUUUAUGUAAUUAGAUUAAAGAAAAACAAGGAGAACAUUAUCGCCUCAUACAUGACACCACCCAAACUCCCUACAAAAUCUCUCUAAAAAAGCAUCACCACUUUACCUUAAUGAGCAUUAUUAUCGUUCACUUGGGGCCUGUCCAUACAUUGGGUAAUCCUCCGUCUAAUCAAUUGUUUUCAGAAAACAAUUGUCUAUUAGUCGCCGUAAUCGAUUGCAUAGUGUUUGGAUGGCUCUUUAAACUUAAGUUUACCCCUUUUAUUUGUGUGUCUUUUUAAAAUUGUAUCCAUUUAGUUUUAAGUUUAAUAAAUUUCAAUUCGUUACUUUUAAUUGUCCUGCUUAGGUGUAAGAAAAAACACGCAUCCAACAAACAAUCACAAAAAAUACAUAAAUUUAUUAAUGAAAAACUGUAAAAGAUCGAUAGCACACUUUGUAGAGAUUUUAGUUUAAGGACUGAAAACUGUAAAAAACUUGUCGCAAAACGGAAUGGAGCGGGACAGAUCGAAAUGGAAUAGCACGGUGAUAAGUGCAUGGGAUAUCCUAGUCCUUUCGUUUGCUUUACCUCACGCUCUCUCUCACUCUCUUUCUCUCUCUCUCCUUUUGUUUGGACAUCCUUUCCAAGCUUACACAUCAAAAACACAGAAAUCGAGGGCGGAGAAUAAAAAGCAAUUAAAAAAGAAUAAAAUUCCAACAAAUAUUCCAAGCAAAAGAAAUUCUGAAAAAAAAGAUUUUGAAAUUGGCAAGUAUCGUAGAAAAUAUGUCUGCCUAGAUUUGAAAAAUGUAUUUAUUAUACACGAUUUCAACCACAUGAAAUGUACUCUUUUGAGGGAGAAUAUUGGGUUAAUAAAUUUAAUUUAUGUAUGUAUGAA